CUCCCUCCGCCNCCCGCCUCCCCGGCGGCGCUGGCCCGCGGCAACCCCGCAGUAUGAGGUGGUGCUGGCGGCUCGGGGCCGUGGCGCGGCCGCUGCGGCGGCGGCUGCUGGGGGCGCGCUGAGGGAGCCCCCGGGAGCGGCGCGGCGGACGCGCUUCCCCCCGGCGCGCCCGGGCCUCGAGGCUUUUCUUCUCCAGCCGAGAGGACGCGGCUGUGCUACGAAGACCGAGUGUGGACAGUAAUGACCUCACGUUUCCGAUUGCCUGCUGGCAGAACCUACAAUGUACGAGCAUCAGAGUUGGCCCGAGACAGACAGCAUACGGAGGUGGUUUGCAACAUUCUUCUUCUGGAUAACACUGUACAAGCUUUCAAAGUUAAUAAACAUGAUCAGGGGCAAGUUCUGUUGGAUAUAGUCUUCAAGCAUCUUGAUUUGACUGAGCGUGACUAUUUUGGUUUGCAGUUGGCUGACGAUUCUACAGACAACCCAAGGUGGCUGGAUCCAAACAAACCAAUAAGGAAGCAGCUAAAGAAACUGCUUUUAUUAAUUCUAGGAGGAUCUCCUUACAGUUUGAACUUUAGAGUCAAAUUUUUUGUAAGUGACCCCAACAAGUUACAAGAAGAAUACACAAGGUACCAGUAUUUUUUGCAAAUUAAACAAGACAUUCUCACUGGAAGAUUGCCCUGUCCUUAUAAUACUGCUGCCCUUUUGGCUUCAUUUGCUGUUCAGUCUGAACUUGGAGACUACAAUCAGUCAGAAAACUUGCCAGGCUACCUCUCAGAUUAUUCUUUCAUUCCUAAUCAACCUCAAGAUUUUGAAAAAGAAAUUGCAAAAUUACAUCAGCAACAUAUAGGUUUAUCUCCUGCAGAAGCAGAAUUUAAUUACCUGAACACAGCACGUACCUUAGAACUCUAUGGAGUUGAAUUCCACUAUGCAAGGGAUCAAAGUAACAAUGAAAUUAUGAUUGGAGUGAUGUCAGGAGGAAUUCUGAUUUAUAAGAACAGGGUACGAAUGAAUACCUUUCCAUGGUUGAAGAUUGUAAAAAUUUCUUUUAAGUGCAAACAAUUUUUUAUUCAACUUAGAAAAGAAGUGCAUGAAUCUAGAGAAACAUUAUUGGGAUUUAAUAUGGUGAAUUACAGAGCAUGCAAAAAUUUGUGGAAAGCAUGUGUAGAACAUCACACAUUCUUCCGUUUGGACAGACCACUUCCACCUCAAAAGAAUUUUUUUGCACAUUAUUUUACUUUAGGUUCAAAAUUUCGGUACUGUGGGAGAACUGAAGUCCAGUCUGUUCAGUAUGGCAAAGAAAAAGCAAAUAAAGACAGGAUAUUUGCAAGAUCCCCAAGUAAGCCCUUGGCACGGAAAUUAAUGGAUUGGGAAGUCGUAAGCAGAAAUUCAAUAUCUGAUGACAGGUUAGAAACACAAAGCCUUCCAUCACGAUCUCCACCUGGAACUCCUAAUCAUCGAAAUUCUGCAUUCACACAAGAGGGAACCCGGUUACGACCAUCUUCAGUUGGUCAUCUGGUAGACCAUGUGGUUCACACUUCCCCAAGUGAAGUAUUUGUGAAUCAUAGAUCUCCAUCUUCAACACAAGCUAAUAGCAUCGUUCUGGAAUCUUCACCGUCACAGGAGACCCCUGGAGAUGGGCAGCCUCCAGCUUUACCACCCAAACAAUCAAAGAAAAACAGUUGGAACCAAAUUCAUUAUUCACAUUCUCAACCAGAUCUGGAAAAUCAUAUUAAUGAAACAUUUGAUAUUCUAUCUUCUCCUGAAAAAUCUACUCCUAAUGGUGGUAUUCCACAAGAUAAUCUUGUUCUAAUCAGAAUGAAACCUGAUGAAAAUGGAAGAUUUGGAUUCAAUGUAAAGGGAGGGUAUGAUCAGAAGAUGCCUGUGAUUGUGUCCCGAGUAGCACCAGGAACACCUGCCGACCUCUGUGUCCCUCGAUUGAAUGAAGGGGACCAAGUUGUACUGAUCAAUGGUCGGGACAUUGCAGAACAUACCCAUGAUCAAGUUGUCCUGUUUAUUAAAGCUAGCUGUGAGAGACAUUCUGGGGAACUCGUACUCCUGGUUCGACCUAAUGCUGUAUAUGAUGUAGUGGAAGAAAAGCUAGAAAAUGAGCCAGACUUCCAGUACAUUCCUGAGAAAGCCCCCCUAGAUAGCAUCCAUCAGGAUGACCAUUCCCUGCGGGAGUCGAUGAUCCAGCUAGCUGAGGGGCUUAUCACUGGAACAGUCCUGACACAAUUUGAUCAACUGUAUCGGAAAAAACCUGGAAUGACAAUGUCUUGUGCCAAAUUACCUCAAAAUAUUUCCAAAAAUAGAUACAGAGAUAUUUCGCCUUAUGAUGCUACACGGGUCAUUUUAAAGGGUAAUGAAGACUAUAUCAAUGCAAAUUACAUAAAUAUGGAAAUACCUUCUUCUAGCAUUAUAAAUCAGUAUAUUGCUUGUCAAGGGCCAUUACCACACACUUGUACAGAUUUUUGGCAAAUGACUUGGGAACAAGGCUCCUCUAUGGUUGUAAUGUUGACCACACAAGUUGAACGUGGCAGAGUUAAGUGUCACCAGUAUUGGCCAGAACCCACAGGAAGUUCAUCCUAUGGAUGCUAUCAAGUCACUUGCCACUCAGAAGAAGGAAAUACAGCAUAUAUCUUCAGGAAGAUGACACUAUUUAACCAAGAGGUAGGAAGGCAGGAUAUCCAUCCAUUCAGUAGAAUGGUUAUGUUCAAGAAAAAUGAGAGUCGUCAACUCACUCAGAUCCAGUACAUAGCCUGGCCUGACCACGGAGUUCCUGAUGAUUCAAGUGACUUUCUGGAUUUUGUUUGUCAUGUACGAAAUAAGAGGGCUGGCAAGGAAGAACCUAUUGUUGUUCAUUGCAGUGCCGGAAUUGGAAGAACUGGGGUUCUUAUUACUAUGGAAACAGCCAUGUGUCUCAUUGAAUGCAAUCAACCAGUUUAUCCACUAGACAUUGUAAGAACAAUGAGAGAUCAGCGAGCCAUGAUGAUCCAAACACCUAGUCAAUACAGAUUUGUAUGUGAAGCUAUUUUGAAAGUUUAUGAAGAAGGAUUUGUUAAACCCUUAACGACAUCAUCAAAUAAAUAAGAAAGCGAAAGUCUGGGACAUGUGUCAGAAAACUGCUUUCUGUUAUAUUCACUGUGCCAUAAUUCUGCUUGCAGGAAAUGGCAUUUAGACAAAACAAAUGAAGAACUAACAAAAACUGAAAACUUCAGCACUGUUGCACUUUAUGUUUAAGAAAAUGUCACUCUCAAAAUCUGUAAUUCACGUGUUUGAAGACUAUUUCAUGCUUUGCUCCGAACAAAUAGUGAAUAACUGAGUAUGUUCAGGGUAAUUUAUGAAAUUUGUGGUGGUGCCAUGCAGUCCCCUUCUGGUAGAAUUGCCACAAACAAGGCUCAGAAUUCUCAUCAUCUCUGUUAUACACCUGUAUCUUGAAAGCAAAAAGAAGUAAACAUCAGGAGUCAGCUCUGGUGUUACCUAGUGAUUCAUGUACUUAUUACUAUACUGGUUACCAGAUUUUUAUUUUUUAAAUUUUAGCAAUAUCAUUCUCAAUAUUAGCCAAUACACUGCCUAUGGAUGCAGCACAUCUUUCCCUGUACUCCCCCUGUAGAGACCUGCUGUUCAUGAGAAGAAAGAUGGAAUUUGCUUUUCCCAGGAAAUGCUGCACAUUGUCCAUUUACCAGCAUCUUCUAGAAAGUAUAAAUAUGAAUCUACAAAUUUUCUUGAAUUUAAUAACGUAACUUAUAUUUAUCAUAAGGUUGGCUUAUUCCAAAUCAUGUGAUUUCACAUACUUGAUGUAAAGGAAUGCAUGCAUUGUGUCUUAACCCCUUAAGUGCCUUGAGACGUCUUUGUACGUCUAAUGAAAAGGCACUCGUUUGACCCCGCUAGGAGGUAUGUAUGUAUAUUGUACAUUUACAUUUUUAUGCAUUUUGAAUCAGUUCACAUUUUAAAACAUAGCUUCUUGUAUGAAGAGUUAGGCAGUCAAAAAAGGGUAUGGAAAUUCUAUUUCUUACUCAAUUUUCCUGUAUUUUGCCACAAGAAGCAAAGAUAAUUUGUGUUCUACUGAGUGAGCGCGCUGCUGCUAUGAAAUUGUCGAAAAUCUGCUCAUGCCUUUCCUGAGGGACAAGGGUUACAAUGUAGCAGCUCAAGUCGAAAGAUGUUUUAUUAUUCAAAUUUUCUAUUUAUUUUAUCCCUGACUUUAGAAAUGGCACCUAAUAUGCACAUUAAAGUUAAACAUAUUCAUAUUUUCAGCUAAAGUUAGAGCAAUUCAUUGUGAUUUAUUUCAGUGUCUAAAUUGUUUCUCUAAAGCAUUCAUUUCAAGCUUUGUUCACACUGGUCUGUUGGUUGGGAUACUUCAAACAAGGAAUGAAAUGUUAUUGACUUACUUCUAAAUGUAAUCCCUCAGUAACUGAAAUGAGGGUUUUGCUGUCAUUAUUUGCAUACAAUUAAAUUAAUCCAGUUUAUAUAUACUUACUAAGUUAUAAGCAUGUUCAUGUGGAGUUUUGAGUGUCCAGCCUGAUGGAGGAUCUGAUUCCCUUUAAGGAUGUGUAUAUUUUCCUCUUCAGGAUUAUUUUUAAGUCUAGAGAGAUAGAACUUUAAAAUUGCCCAGUUUUAAUAUAAGUGGAAAUUUGCUCACCUAUUGAAAUGUUAUGUUACACAGUUAUAUGGAUUAUGGUUAAAACAGAUUCAUUUCCUAGUGGUUUCCCAAUACUUCUGUAGAGUCUUGAUAAAACUUAGAGUUGAAUAGUUUUGGAAUGCCAUUUAGUAUGAGGGGGGAAGAACUCACAUUUAAAAAUCUUCAGUGUAAUUGAAAUGAUGUUAUUUCAGAUAUUCAGAAUCCAUAAUAAUAAAUUUUAGGAAGUUAAGCCCUAAGCAUUAAUAGCCAAGAUAUCAAAUAAAUUAUUAUAAUCAAAUACUUUGAUUUUUUAAAGAGAAAAGUAACAUAACCUUUAUGUCAAAGAGAAAUUCUCCUAUCCCUGGAUUUCACAGCCAAGAAAGUAUAAAUUAGUAAAUAACUAUAGUCUUGUUUGAACAUUCCAUUCUCUACCAACAGAUAAGUAUAAUUUAGGCUGCUAUAUGACAUCAUGAUAAGUUGAAAAGUGAACAAGUAAAAUCCUGUUGGGGGUCUACAUAAUUAAUAACUGUUUUGACAGUUUUUACCUGAAUUAAAACCUGUUUUAAUUGUGUGGACAGAACAUGACAACCAUAAAUUAAAAAGAUAAAACACUUGUAUAGAUAGAAACAGAUAAAUGUCAUGGUUGGUAUGUUCUUUAACUUACAGUUUUGUUUACACUUCUGAGAUAAAUUAAUAAUUUGUUGGCAAUGAGCACUGUUGCCUUUUUAAAUCAUUAAUUCCAGUCUUUAAAUGAUAAAUAUUAGAAGUUCAGAAGUACAUUUACAUUUCUCAUAAUACAGAAUUUUCAUCUGGGAGCUACCCUCUGUCAGUAUUUUUAUGUACAGAAAAGAUGCUUUUUUAAAGACAUAUUAGGAUCUUAAAUUUAAAAUUAUCCUUCAGAGCUUCUUAAAAUGGAUAUGCUAAUUAUGCUUCUCUGUUCACCCAACAGGUAAGACUUUAUCCAUUACACCUAGGAAUUUUUCAACCUGUUUUAUCAAUCUAAAUAGGAUUCUAGGAAUAAUCCUACCUUUAAUUUGCCAAGUAGUUCUAGAUUCCAUUCAUAUCAGUGUAAUAUGGUGUAAUACAAUGUCAAACUUCUCGUAUCUAAACUACUCUCCCCCUCCUCCCAUAACUCACCCUGUUCGCUCACCCCACACACACACUCUAGAAGUCAGUGCUGACUGUUAUUCUCACAAGUGGAAAUAGGUAUCGGUGAAUCAAGGGGUUUUGUAAAUGCUAAGAAAUGUUUGUGAAAACCUUUCCUCUCUGAUUUAAAAUGGUUUUAUCAUGUUCGUUUCAAAUGCUUUAUUGAGCAUCAGCUUCGUGUCAGCACCGUGUACAUAGCAUGAGGAAUAGACUUUACAUUCACAAGAAGAAUUGGUAGUAUUUGUUAAACAAGUGCAUCCAUUCAAAAUAGAGGCUGAGUAAACAGUGUAAGAAAAACUUCCUUUGUGUGGCCUGCUCGCACAAGGAGGAAGGGGCAAGGGGUUGAUCGUUUUGAUGAAGAGUAAAGAGAAAAUUUAUAUAUAAAAACUGACUUCAAACUUUCAAAGGUAUGGUAAGCCAUUAAGACACACACUUUUGUGUGUUUAUGUAUUUGUGUGUUUCAUAAAGGCUGAUGCUAACAGGGGUAAAGGAUUAUUUUAACUAUAGAGUCAUUUAUAAUCUGUUGGCAGAUCUGAUCAGGUCUAAUCAGGUAUUUGAGCAAAAGUCUCCUGUCUUGGGGCGCCUGGGUGGCACAGCGGUUAAGCGUCUGCCUUCAGCUCAGGGCGUGAUCCCAGCGAUCUGGGAUCGAGCCCCACAUCAGGCUCUUCUGCUAUGAGCCUGCUUCUUCCUCUCCCACUCCCCCUGCUUGUGUUCCCUCUCUCGCUGGCUGUCUCUCUCUCUGUCGAAUAAAUAAAUAAAUAAUCUUUAAAAGAAAAAAAAAAAAAAAGUCUCCUGUCUCCACUAGAAAUACUCUAACUUAAGAGCUGAAAGGAACUUGAAUGAUUUUAUCUAAUCUCACCUUCUAUUAUUUUAGGCAACAUAUAUGAAUAUCAUAAAUUCUUGUGAAUUUUUGUCUGUUUCAGCUCCAGAAUUAUACUCAGGCAGUGUUUUCAUGUAAUAACUAUGAUGACCUUAGAAGAUGUCACUUAAUUUAGAAAAUAAGUAGGCUUUAAAAGGUGAUCCUAAUUAGGACCCUGACUCAGUUUGCUAGUCGUGCUUCCCUGAUAGAACAUAAGCUUUUGUAAAGUAUUUAGGCUGAUAACACAUGCAGUAUGAAAACAUUCUGAAAUGUAAAUUAGAAGACUAAUUUUUAAAAGCACUUAAAACAUAGAACUAGAAUUUAGAAUAUAUGUCCACUUAUACUCAAAUGAUUUAUGUUCAUAAUGUGAACAUGUAGUAGAAUUAAAAGCAUUACUUAUUUUAUUAUCUUAUCAGCAAGCAAGAAAGAAAGAAUUUUUAACAAUGUUCUAUUUAAUACCUGUGUUUUGAAUAUUUAAGAUAACUGAUAGUAAGGUUGCCAAAGUAGUUUUGAAUUCGUAAAAAUUAUUUAUACCACAAUAAGGUGGGAUAUGUUUACAUCUCUUAUUUUGUAGUUUAGGUGAAUUUACAUUUAAGUCACUUAGAGUAAAUACAUUAUGGUAAAUAUUUGUUGGAAUAAACAUCUCUUAAUAAUAUGACAUGAAAAAGAUGAAUUAUGUCACAGCUGGCUUUUAUGCCACAUCAACAAAGUAACUAUAUUAUCAUUGCUUACUUCCCGCAUUUGCUUUAGCUGUCCAACCACAAUUUCUGUAGUCAUUUGUGUGUGUGUGUGUGUGUGUGUGUGUGUGUGUGUGUGUGUGUGUGUGUUGUUUCCUCCAAGUAAAACAGUUAUGUUAUUAAAACCCACUGGAUUUUUCUCAAAUAUCAGAAUUACUGAUCUGUUGGCCAAUAUUUACCGUUGUCUCAGUUUGAUUACAACAUAAGUUAUAGUAACUUUUAUAAAAUUCUUAGUGAAUUGUAUAGCUACUAAGGAAUUUACAUAACAAUAAAACAUUUUUGAGAGCUAACUGCUAACAGAUAAGUUCAGCAAUUUUAUAAAGAGCCCAUGAAAUUAAUCCUUAAAAUGUAUUGUUGGGGUUCAGCUUACUUUACAAUGUCUACAACUAUUAACAUAAUUUUUUAUUAUCUCUUGACUUCAUUUAUUUUUUUCUGACUUAAUAUUUCUGAGUAGCAAUUAGUACAGUAAGCCUUUGAGUGUUAUCAAAAACAAGUCCUCUAUCAGCCAGAAACUUGACAUUUUAAUCUUGGUGAAGUUGUCCUGGGUAGACACCAAAUAGUUAUUUCUGUGUCCAUUUCUAAAUUUGCUGCUACUUAUUUGUAUGUUUUUCUACUGCAGUUUAUUGUUGAUUUCUAAAGUUUUAUAGUCAUUGUUAUUUUUAUUUUAGCAAUCCAAGCUAAAUGGGCAGCCAGAAGUAAUAUCUACUGGGGUGCAAUCCAUCAACAUUGACUAGAUGUGUUUCAAUGCAUAAAGGAGAAAACCAAUUUUUUUUAUUUGCAAAGUGAGAGGUAUUAGCAAUAUUGCAAGUUAAAGACUACAAUUUUAGUUGGAAGUCCUAAUGUUUGACUUCCUGAAACCUUUUAAAAUUUCCAGUAAAAGAAUGAAAGUGUUUAAAAGCCUUGUGCUCAUAGAAGUUUCAGUUAAGCACUGUAGAAUUUUCCUACUUAUUGUUGUGUAAAUGAUAGAGAAAAUAUUUUUCUAUGGACAAAAGAUUGAAACUGUUAACUUCUUUUACUUCAUUGUGUAAAAAAAUGAUAUUUGUAUGUCUUUCAUGCUGUAAAAAAAAUGAAUGUAUCUUUGAAAUGUUAUUAGAAUUAUGACUUGAUUCUAAGGAUACUCUUUGUUUAAAAAAGUCAGCAAGAGAUUGAAAACAAGGGAAGGAAGAGUGUAUUCUGCUUCAUUAUAUAAAGGCAAUUUUAGAAGAAAAAUGUAAUUUUCAUUAUAAACAAGAGCAAUCAUUACUGAAGCAUAUUUCAAAUAUAAUGUACAUUCUUUUUCACUUUGUUUUGUUUUAGCUUUAGAAUAGAAAAUUUCAAGAAAAUUUGUGCUUACUAUUUUUAAGUGUAAAAUAAUUGUAGACUUCUGGAGUAUGGAAGGGUGUUUUCGUGUGAGGGUAAACAUUCUGCUGCAUGUGUUUACCAUGAGGGAGCGUUCUCAGGCAUUGUCAACUGUGGCAGCCACAAAUGAGGACAUCGUUGUGAGUGUGACUUUGGUGAAGCCAGAAAUCUGUGCCUCAGAUUUACUACAGUAAAUAUGUGCAGAGGCCCCUGACAAAUAGUUUUGCCUUUUUAUUAUCUGUAUCUUGGACGGAUAAGACCACUGAGCCCAGUUCUGACUUGUAACAGUGGUGUCUUAGAUGCUUCAGGGUUUAUUCAGCCGAACAACAGCAAAAACCCUACAUUUUUAACCAUUGUUUAGGCCUGAUUAAUUUGUUCAGUCUCUUUAAAGGGUAGUAUUUAUCUAUUAAUUAUCACUUGUCAAACUUGACUCAGUGGGGCCUUCAUUAUUUUGAUUCCUACUACCAUCCCUCCAACUUUUAAAAGUCAUUAAUUUCAUUUUAUAGUAGUCUUUGUGAAGUAAAUGCCCCGAACAACUACAAGGUGGUAUUUUUCUUCACUAGAUAUUUUUUUUAACUGUUGUUGAGAGAUUACUAUCAGUCCCCCUCAACCCUGAGAGUUUCCAAAAUUUAGUAAGUAUUACUUGUGCCAUCUUGCUAAAUGAAGUUAUCACCAUAAAAUCAUCAAGGAGGAUCAGCCCGGUUUACAAUCUUAAACCCAAAUGGGUGCUGAUGUUUGAUGUCCCCAAAUACACUGUAGUCACAAUUGAGCCCAUUUUACCUUUUAUUUAAAAGCAGCUUUUUGGUUUUUGGUCCUGAGUUGUUGUGUUGCAAUUUCUUGCCUUCCCUGGCACGGAAAUUUCAAUCCAGUUCUGGAAUUCUAUGGCACCUAUCUUGUCCAACCCUUUGGUGAGUUCACAAGAUCAUCCAGUCUUUCUUGUAUCCUGUAGAGUAGGUCAAAUUUCAAUGCUGAAAUGAUUUCUUGAAUUUUAAAUAGUAGCACUUUAUUUCAUGCUUACUACUGACUUAAUUUAUACAUUUAAAAAUAAAAUCUAGGAGUUUUGUAAAUACGGGAAAAACUUUAAUUGAUUAGUAUGUAGAGCUCAUUGGAUUGGACCCAAGUAAAAUGCUUUACAAUGAUCUCUUAAUCUUUUGAUAUUUAAAACGUAACUUGGGUGAUUGUAGCUUUGCCACUUUUCUGUAAUUUAUUUAGUAUGGCAAAGACUACCCAGUUGAUUGUCUUGCUGGACCCUGAGUUCUCUCAGCUAGCUUCAACCGGGUUUGGUUUACAGUUAUCAUUUCUGCUUUGCAUUUUUUGUACAUUACAUGAAUACUUGGAAAUCCAUUUGUUUGGUUUUAAGUCGUAGGUAGGGGUUAAGUCAAUACUGCGCCACAAGUAAAUUGAAGAGGGCAAAGUCCUGACACUUUAUAUACGUGUCAAGGGGCAGGAUUUAAGACACUAGAAACAGUUUACAUUAAGCUGUUUCAUUUUCUAUCAUUAGAAUAUAUGUGCUUAAAAAAAAUAAGAACUGUCCACCCAGUGUUCUCACAGCAUCAGGACAUUGCAGUUACGAUCCAUAUUGUAAUCUUUUCAAAUGAGAAAAGCUAGUCUUUAUUUUCUACAGUGUAGGCUUAAUUUUAGGACAGAUAAUUUACUAUAUACUCAUCAGUGAUAUUUUUAAGUAGUUUUACAAAUAAUUAUUUCUAUGUAGAGGGUGUAUUAAUUUGGGAUUUUUUUUCUUGUAACAGGUGCUAUAUGUAAAUAUGAAGGGCGAAAAGUCACUUAGUUAAAAGUCUAGUUUAUUUCGUAAUUAAAAUAUAAUUUUGCAUUUAUGCUGUCAUUUCACGUUUGAUUGUACUGAACUAGUAGCAAAAUGGAAUUAGCCCCUUAAUUUUUUAAACUAUCUUCCCCCAUUUCACAAAAACAGCUCUUUCCAUAUGGUUUGUUUCCAUAAAUAAGAGGCAGAGAAGCUUAGGGUUCAUUUAAAAUGUGUAAGCUUGAAUUUGGUCAACACUGGAUAAUUUGAAAUCAUACUCUGCAUCUGUCACUGCGGCUUACUGUAUGCUUGAAAGGCCUUGUGUGUUUGUCUUAAUUUCAGUGAAAAAUUAGAAUUCCUGCAGUUUAUUCAUGUAAAAAAAUCUAUGAAUACUAACAGCAGACAGGAUAAAAAUGCCGAUUUGCAUUAAAAAUGUUUUAGUCCUAAGAGUGAUUUAUGUUACGUGAAAUGCUAUUACACAUAUUUUGUUGGCCAUAUUUCAUUUUGAUUGAAAAAUAGUUGUUCAGGUACAAACGUGAAAAAACUAGCUGUGACUUUUAAUUGUUCAAUUGCAAAAUAAAGAUGUGCUUUAGUAAUUU